UUUUUUUAUAUAUAUAUUUGCAAACCUAGUUCAGCUCAGAACUCAUCGCCUUUUGAUUAUACCAUUAAAUGCGUGCAAUAGAAAUACUUGUAUUGUUUAUUUUUGAUAUUCUAAUGCAAUAGUUUUGUGACAGUUUUAAGAUUACACUAAAUAUACAGUGUUUUUUUUCAUGGGAUUACCUAGAAUCCUUUGAAAUUCAGAGCACAUUUUCCCAUCUUCCCGGUCCGUCCUUGCCCCUCUGCCUCACAGGAAACACUCAGUGGGUUUGGUGAUGUCAGUCAAUGGUUUCUGGCUGCCUUCCAGCUCCAUUUCUUCCACGUCUGUUUGCUCUCCGUCACUCCCAGGUCUCGUCUAAUGUGGCUUUCGGUCCGUCAGUCUUUCUGUCUGUUGCUCAGUGACUAAACAAAUGGCUCGAGGCCUAUGACCGCCUCCCUUAGUAAUGGGCCUGGUGUGUCACCUUGCGGUGUCCCCUUCGCAUGCUAUUACCUCCCAAUUUGUCAGCCUCAGAUAGUCUACGUCAUUUUACUGACUGUGCUGGAUGUGCUCUGCUACGGCGCUUUCAUCCUUUCUGUUUAUUUUAGAUCAGAGAUGCUAAAGAAGACAUCCGGAAGAUGCAACACUGGCACGGAGAAAAGAAUCAUGAACAAAAACCAUUAGUUUUACUUUGGCCUUUUGGGGAUGGUUAUUAUAGCUAUAGUAUGUUUUUAAUGACUACAUAUGCUCAUGAGGCUUGAGGAGUGGUCAUACAUUUUACCAAUCUAGCUGCCGGAGGAAGAGCAUGACUUUGCGUUUUGAUUAUAAGCUCCUCUCUUGUGUAAGCUGCAACAGCCCCUCCUCACUAGACAAGUUCACUUUGACUGAAUUCUUCUUCCAUCUCUGCCUCUGACCAUUUCACUUCUUUGGCCUCCCUUCAACCGGAGACAGAACUUCUCAUUUGAGUGUCCCACAAAAGCGUGCUGGUCAUGGCCUGAGCCAGCUAAUGAGGCUGCUGUCCAGCUCCCAUAGUACCGCCAUCUGGCUAAUGAGCUGUCAAUCAGUCCCCAGGGGUCGGCCCUAGCCCAAAACCAAGAGGCGAUCAAUCUCUUCCAGUGUGGACACUCAAUUAUUCCCUUUUGUUAAAACCGUGGGCCCAAGUGACGACUUUUCUUCGGAACAAGGCCUUUUGUGUGAAAAUGGUUCUCUCUCCUUGUGAAAAAGGUGAUGAUUGUGGCAUUAGACUCUUGCGAUUAUAAUUUAUUACUUAAGUCUGCUCCAUAUGUACUCACUUUUACACACUCUGCCUCUUUACUGCAGUGCUCGUAGAUCUUCCUGGAGGUAAUGUUCAAGGCUCUGUGGGUCCUAAUUGGUGCUAUGGGGAUAAAGAAGGAAUCGACUUACGAUGUGAAGGGAUUUGAGUCCAAGGAGUCACGUCAGCGGUCUCUCUUCGAUGUGUGUUUGUUUGUUUUCUUUUGGUGGCUGUGGGCAUCUGGUAGCUGCACGGUUUGACUGGUGAUCACGCACCCUUUUGUUAAGCUGAAGCUAGACUGUUAGCCAUCUGUGCAGACAAACACAGAGCCGGCUGCAGGAUCCUCCCCCUUGUCAAGGUUUUUUUGCAGCCUUUGGUCAGUCUACUCACUGGUGAAUUGGAUAAAUAUUGGCUUGAGACUCUUUUGUGAGCGGCCUCUGUGUGACUCCUUUUAUGAGGCAGUGUGGCAGUGUGGCAGUUGUCAAAGCGUGCAUGUUUGGUUUGUAUUCCACUAGUCCCGCUGCGAACAUGUGGACAUAGGUAGCCAGUGUCGGACCAACUGAUUGUUUCUCACCAUCACUGUGCUUUAGUGAGUGGAAAUCUUUCUUUCUCCUCCACCCUCUGAAAAUCCAGAAGGAAGCACAGCCUAUCUCCCCCUAAUCGAGUGAUCUUAAUCAGAUUCACACAUGCACGCCUGUGUAGAUCCAUCCCAUGUGCUGCCAACCUACACAACGUGUUCAAACCCCCGACAAUCAUUGGACUACAUUUUUUUCAUCACGGCAUCAAAGCUACUCCACCGCAUAGAGUAUCUCAGCUUAGUUCCACUCCAUCCUCACUUUAUCCACUUUCAUUUCUAUUCCCGCGGACGGCGAGAAGCUAGACUCUCAUCGACUGGGGCUCAGAAUCUAGCUCUAAUGUCCUUAUAGCAGUGUCUGACAGUAUGAGGCCAAACUGCACACCAACAAUCCCUCAGCUCUCCCUCGACUCGGACUCAUUUGAAUGAGGCCAAGUCGUGCAUCUGUCACAUGUGUGGAGCCCACCUGAACCGACUCCACUCCUGUCUCUACUGCGUCUUUUUCGGCUGCUUUACGAAGAAACACAUCCACGAGCACGCAAAAAACAAGAGACACAAUCUAGCAAUAGACUUAUUAUACGGUGGGAUAUAUUGUUUUGUGUGUCAAGACUACAUAUACGACAAAGACAUGGAGCAGAUUGCCAAAGAAGAACAGAGGAAAUCCUGGAAAUUGCAAGGCAUCGGGGAGAAAUACACAACGUGGGAGCCGACCAAGAGGGAGCUAGAAUUAUUACGACACAAUCCAAAGCGGAGGAAAAUCACUACAAACUGCACCAUAGGUUUACGAGGGUUAAUAAACCUGGGCAACACAUGUUUCAUGAACUGCAUUGUUCAGGCCCUAACACACACACCGCUGCUGCGAGACUUCUUUCUCUCCGACAGACACAAGUGCGAGAUGCAAUCAAACUCCUGUCUGGUGUGUGAGAUGUCGCAGCUCUUUCAGGAGUUCUACUCGGGCCACCGUUCGCCCCACAUUCCCUUCCGGCUGCUGCACCUGGUGUGGACUCACGCGCGUCACCUCGCAGGCUACGAGCAGCAAGACGCCCACGAGUUCCUCAUCGCAGCAUUGGAUGUACUACACAGGCACUGCAAAGGGGACACCAUCAGAGACGACAACGGCAAGAAGGCCAACAAUCCAAACCACUGUAACUGCAUCAUUGACCAAAUCUUCACCGGGGGCCUGCAAUCAGAUGUUACCUGUCAAGUUUGCCAUGGUGUGUCCACAACGAUAGAUCCAUUCUGGGACAUCAGUCUGGACCUUCCUGGCUCAUCCACGCCUUUCUGGCCCCUCAGCCCCGGAGGUGAUGGCAGCACAGUGAACGGAGAGAGCCACCUGUCGGGGUCCACCACUCUCACAGACUGCCUACGCAGGUUUACGCGACCCGAGCAUCUAGGAAGCAGUGCCAAAAUCAAGUGCGGCGGUUGCCAUAGUUACCAGGAGUCCACCAAACAGCUGACGAUGAAGAAGCUCCCCAUCGUAGCGUGUUUCCACCUCAAACGGUUUGAGCACUCUGCGAAACUGCGGAGAAAGAUCACUACAUACGUUUCCUUCCCCCUAGAGUUGGACAUGACGCCCUUCAUGGCAUCCAGUAAAGAGAGCAGAAUGAACGGGCAGUAUCAACAGACGGUUGAUGUAUUAAACAACGACAAUAAGUAUUCCUUGUUCGCUGUGGUCAACCACCAAGGCACAUUAGAGAGUGGCCACUACACCAGCUUCAUCCGCCAGCACAAAGACCAGUGGUUCAAAUGUGAUGAUGCUAUAAUCACCAAGGCCAGCAUUAAGGAUGUACUCGAUAGUGAAGGGUAUCUCUUAUUCUACCAUAAACAGUUCCUCGAGUACGAGUAGUCUUUGUGACCACCGACCGCGAAGAACCACAGCUUCUAACGAGAGAGUCAAGGGCCCCGGGGGGACAGGAUGAAACACAAACACACAAACCUACCUGAAACUCUAUGACUACCAGUCUUUGCUCCUCCAGCUGUGGAGGACAAAAACAAAAAGACGUGUGAGAUCAUGCAACCUUUCAAAAGAAAAGAAAAAACACACAAAAAAAAAAGCACUGAGCUACUUCUUGGCAUCUACUUGACAAAACUGAAUGAAGAGCAGAGAUGGAGGAAGAGAGGAAGAGGCCCACCCCCCCCCCCCCCCCCACACACACACACACACACACACACACACACACACUUCAUUUCUCUCCCAUGGUGCUCUCGUUUCAACUGACCAAGCAUUUUACUUGAUGGAAGACAGUUUCUGUCAUAUGCAUAUGGAACUGAACACACAAAAUAAGAACAAGAAUAGAAUCGUGAGGAACUUCUUAUGAACUUUGCAAAUGGACAUUUUUUUUUUUUAAAGGUAUGGUUAUGAUUCUUAUCAUUUGUGAAUUUUUGUUAUGAAAUACUGUAUGAAUAAUAGUAUACAUCUAUUUUUUAAAGAGCAAAAAAAAAAAAAAAGAAGAAGAAAACAUGGGAGAGCUUAGAGACGCUGCCUUUGCCAGUUGCUGGGGAAGUGCUGCCAUGGAAACUAAGCAGAUUUGGACCCGAGUGUGCUCAUGUUCAUUAUAUAUUGUGUUGAUUGUUUUAUUUUUACGUCUGGUUGAGGGCAGGGAAUAUCUAUUUUUUUUAGCAACUCAUUCAAUUUUUGUUUACCGCUCUUUUCAGUGUCUUUUAUCUUUUUUUCAGUACAGUCACGUGUCCCUCGCUGUCCUGGUACUGGAAAUGUUUGUUUUUUUUUGGACGUAUUAUACUUUCAUUCUUGUGGAAUUGUUGGUAUGGUGAUGGUUAAAUUGGCUCACAUUUGCUGUUUAUGAAUUUGUAUGUUGAAUGUGAGCUUUGGGUUUCAUACGGCAUUCUGAAGAGAAGACUUGAUACAUGAGGUCCUGUACUAUGUGAGACUGUUGUGGUCUCUCUAGAACACCUUGAAUGCUCUGUGCAACAAAAAAAAAAAAAAGACGACAAAAAGCCCGUUUAACAACACUGCAUGCGACCGGGCUCUCAUGAUCUUAUAAGAUGUGAAAUAUUGCCCUCAGUAAUGCCUCGAGGCCUGCUGCCCAUCAUGAUUUUUGUUCUGGGAGGGUGAUCAUGUGACAUGUAUAGAGGGUGAACCGUAUUGCACGUGUACGGGCGCUGUGCUACCACAGCCUGGCUCUGAAUCCAUCAGUGUUAAUCUUCUCCAUGGCAACUGUGUGGCUGGUGUCGAGCGGUGUGGUGCGUCUUGCCUCUGCAGUGCAGUAAACCCAGUGCUCUAUUCAAUCAGUAUGCUGUCAGACUUUAGAUAAUGCACAUACACAUCAGGGUGUUGUGGUCUGUUUUGUUUGAAUAUCACUGAUUGUGUAUGUAUUAAAAAAAAAAAAAAAAAAAAAAAAAAUACUGAAUAAAAAAAAUAAAAUAUUCACUCAUGUAUAAGAUGAGGGCCCUAACCUAUCACAGUAAUGCCACAUUAAAAACAAAACAACAAAAAAAACACAACCCCUGGUUGUUUAGCUGCUCUGUGAUUGAGAACAAACAUGCAUAUCCUUCGGUCUGCUGCAGAACCUCAGCUAGAGGGCAACAGCGGGGUUUUUUUUUUUUGUUUUUUUUUUUUCGAAACCGUGAAAUCAAAGACUUGUGAAAUGGUCGCACUUUGGUUUUGGUGUAUCAUGGAGCAGUUUAAGGCCACCCGAGGACUUUCAGGGACGCAGCUGAAACGAGAAGGAAGAGGAGAGCUUCAUUAUCUGUUUCAGUGAUUAAACUCAGAACAAAACUGGA